AUGGAUGAAGACGGAUUACAUGAUAUGCCAGCUCCUAUGCCGGACCAACCUCCAGUGAUUGACCAUCUACCCAGUCCAAGAUCUGAUAUCCCACUGACCAGCUCACACAGGAACCACACCCAUGCACAGAGGGAGGUUCUCUCCUGUCCUCAGUGGCUUGUCCACAGACAAUGGAACAACCAAACGACGCUUGAAGACAUCAACACUGAAUUCAUGCGCCGAAAUAUUCCGGGGAUUUACUUUAUAAGUCUCCAAAUGACACUGAGUUUGAUUGGAAACGUCAGUGUUCUGUUGCUGUAUAGCACGAAGACUAAAGUCUCUAACUACCGUGUGUACGUCUUGUUCCUGGUGAUGCUAGAUCUCAUCAGUUGUGUAUUUGUAAUGCCCUUCGCAAUUCUCUCAUUGUACUAUCCCGUUAACUUUCCAUCUAACUUUAUUUGUAAGGCCGGUUAUUUUCUUGGAUUUUUUGUACACAUUGCGUCAUCGUUGGUCCUAGUCCUCAUAGCCGUGGACCGAUUCCUGAAAGUCUGCCGGCCUCUAAAGAAACAGCUUACGGAGCAGCAAUCCAAGCUAAGUUGUCUGUUCAUCUGUGUGUUUGCCUUGGGGUUCUCGUGGUUUACGCCACUGCUAUACGGAAAUUCAAAAGUUAACACGAACAUCAACCACAUAGAAGGAACACGCUGCUUUCUGGAGAAUGACCCUUUGACCAUAACGAUCGCCCAGUGGAACUACAUAGCCCUGACAGUAAUGCUGGUCAUUGUCACUGUCUUUCUGUGUGUCUUGUACUCCCUGAUUCUCCGGAGGAUUCGUAGCCACUCCAAGUACAGCACUGUAAGAACUAAAAACCGCCAAAAGGGACAGCAGAAAAAUUUCAACAUCGGGAAGACGACGAUGACAUUUUUAAUUAUUUCCGUUGUUUAUUUAAUAAACGCCCUAACUCACGAUAUCCUGGCACUUGUCCUGCACAUCCAGAAAAAUCUUGAGUGUUCCAUGGGAUUCUAUGGCGGCGCUUUGUACUACAUAUUUCUGUGGACAAUAUUCCUGAAUAAUGUGUCUAACCCGUUUAUUUACGGCCUAUCUGAUGACAGGUUCUCUACUAUGUUCAAGGGUAUGUUUCAAAGAAAUGGGCCAUUGAGAGCGUCUUUCAGUCGAAAUUUCAACGCAUCCAUGGCCUCUAUCUCCAAAGACAGCUUUCAGCAAUCGUUUUCCAAGAAACAAUCGAGUCCAAAAUGCAGAACAGCAGAAGACUAG